AUGCAAGGCGCGCCGGCAAAAUCGCUCACGGCGCUGCACGCGCUGCGGAGCAAAGUGUUUGGCACGACAUACAAUCCUAAUAACGUACGCACAGGCGCGAAAUAUCUGCGCAAGUCGCUGGUCGGCGGCCCAAUGCUCAAGUACUAUCCUCCGCAAGUGAAUUUGCGCUCCAUUCGCGAAGCAGUACCCGCAAUGGGCCGUCUGACGUUUCCUGAAGAAAAGCAGCGUCUUGCAGAUGUGGAGCGCAAGAAGAUGCUAGGAAAGGGCCCACCUAAGAAGGGCGAGGGUCGCCGCGCGACCAUGAAAGGGAAGAAAAAGUAG